AUGAAAGUUGCAGACUUCCCCGAAGCGGAAGGUGCAGACCUUGUUCGAAUUGGAAGUGCAGACUUCCCCGAAGCCGGGAGUGCAGACUUCCAAGACGUUUCAAGAACAGGAAGUGCAGACUUCCGGGGUGUCCAAGGUGCAGACCAUGGCGUUGUAGAGGGUUUGAACAACGAAGACGAUAUGCUCUUCGAGUUGUCCGAAUUCCAAGAGUUGGCAGAUAUCGAGGACUUCCCGAUGGAGAACGCCGAUGAGGUCCACGAGAGAUCGCAAGCGGGUGAAGCCGAGGGGGAUGAGGGCGAUUCCGAGAAUGGUGACGCAGCGAGCGUGAUUCAGGGUUUCCAAGCACCCCUACGCAAUGUCGGUCCACCCACAAAUCGAGGCAAGAAAGACCGCCGAGCAUUUGAGUUGCCCAUCCGCGUAUGGAUUCCUAGCAAUGCCUCCCAAGGUGCCUGGCAUCCAAUCGACACGCUGAGCAACGCAAUCCAAGCCAAGCUUCUGAAGAAGCUGAACGAGGUGCUGCGAACGAAGAAGUCUAAGCCCCUCUGGGCUCGCUGGACCGAUCCUAUCAACGCUCCUUCGCAUUACAACCAAUGUACGUGA